GACCCUUCUCGGCCACCGUACUGGUUCUUGUAAUGUAAGCUAACAGCUAAUGUUUACGUACUUUGUCAACAUGGCUGGGGACUUGCAGAGUUUAGCGCUGGAGAAAGCCGAGCUGCUCUCCAUCCGUUUGAAGGAACUCGUGUAUUCGGGACAGGGCUUUGUCCAGGCCCRGUUCGGCGUGGACCUGGGUCUGAAGCCCGAGCUUUACCCGACCUGGGUCAUUCUGUCCACGGCUGCCGUCGGUCUCCUGCUGCUGCUCGUCGUUUCCUGGGCCGCUGUCUGCGUCUGCGGGAAGAAACGGGGGUCCCCGACCCCGGCCGACCGACKCAGCGGCGAGGGGGAGCCUGGCAAGGCCGACCUUAUCAGAAGUGUCAAACCGGAGGAGAACAAGAAGAGGAGCAGGAAAAAAGCGUCCGAAAAGAAGACUCAGUCCAAUGGGCAGCCUGGGGUCGUGGCUCAAGAGGAAUUCAAACYGACGGUGGCGGCUUCCAAAAUAUCCCUACAGAUUAAAUCUGGGAAGUUACAUGAGGUACAGGCCCCAGUUCAGGUGAAAAAGAACAAGAAGAAAACCAAACCAGACGUGAAACCAGUUCAACAGUCGUCCACAAAUGAUGGCAGGGAGCCCGAUGAUGGUGUGUGGGAAACCAAAGUCAGCAACCGAGAAAAGAGGCAACAGCGCAGGAAGGAAAAAAGCUCUGAGGAUUCAGGAAGCUCAGGAGGUGCAGAAGCUCCAAAAGCCAACGUGGAGCCACCUGUCGCCCUCAAGAGGAACAAAGGAAACCAUGAGAGCCAACGAUCCAGAGCGACCAAGAAAGGCGAUGCAGCCGGUGGAGCUGGUAAAAACAAUGCAGCUUCCUCCACAUGGAGAGGCGAGGCUCCAGUCAGUGACGGCAGCUGGACUGAUGUUUCCUUGAAAGUCGCAGCUCAGAUGGGUUCUAUGGAGGGAACAAAGUGGACCCGCACACCUGCAGCUGCACAUUACAGAGCUCAGACCAAACCUCAGCCCUGGGCUCAGGAGCAGCCAGCAGCAGCAGCAGCAGCAGCRUGGAGCAGCAUCGAAGCCGACGCUCAGAAAACAACCGUGUCCUUUUCCGUGCUGGGAAGAAACACCACAGACUCGGUAUCAAAUUCAGCUGAGCUGCCKUGGACGAACCGCCCAGAUGUUGAUGAUGAAUGGUCAGGAUUCAAUGGGGUGGCAGCAGCAGAUCCCUCCUCUGAUUGGAACGCUCCAGUAGAGCACUGGGGAAACUACGAGGAAGCACCUGUGCUGAUGGCUGCAGCUUCUCUGCUGAAGGACCAGRCUGCCCUCAUUAAGUUAUCGGAUGAUGAGAAAGACACAGAGGAUCCCUCAGGAGGGGCAGCUAAAUUGAAAAAGAGGAGGAAAAAAAAGAAGAAAUCCGAAGAGGAGCCUGCAUUGGAUUCUCAGGCCCAGAACCAAGCUCCCACAGUCAGUGCGGUAACCAAAACUCAAGAGCUCCCGGCGUGGCCCUCARAUUUAAAAAGUACCAACAUGUCGCCGUCUCAGAAGAAGACGGCGGAGCCUCUGAAACCCUCUCAGAAGAAAAAGGUUAGAAGGGAAACUUGAAUUGACCUUCCAAGUUCACACAAAGCUUAUGCAAACGAUUGUUUUCAAAUUAUCACGAGCAAUAAUCGACCAGGUACGGCAUCCAGUUUCCUCAGUUCCAGCGACGAACAGAAAGCAAGCAGCAGACGUGAGCUGCUGAGAUGAAUACUGACAGAAAUGUGGUCCUAUGGACUGAAAAUAGGACAGAUUUUGCACUAUUUGCUACCGAAGUGGAGUUUUUAAACGAGGUAUAAGUUUAAUAGUUACAAAAACUUUUUUUUUUUUAUUUAAAGCAUUUUUGUAACUAUUAACCCAAAAUUAUAAAACGGGUUUUAUUUGUAUUUUUUCCCUUUUUUUAAUUUAUUUUGUUGUAGAAAUUGUUUCAUGUUUUUAACCCUCAGCUGAUGCAUUUUGCUUUGUUUGCCGUCCUGCCACCUCGUUCAUGAUGCGCCAAAAUGCUCUGAAGGUGAAAGGGUAGAUUUGGGUUGAGAUUUAUCAAAAAAAAAACUCGUGCUAUGUUCACCUACAGAUGCCAAAAUAUUUUUUUUCCUGUAAUAAAUAUGAAGUGACACUUCUCAUGGAGCAGCUAUAUACCAUGAAGGACUCUACGGUUUUUGCUGAGACUGAUGAAACUUAUUAAUCCCAACGUAGAUUAAAUUUAAACUAAUAUAUGAGCAUUGUUUGAAGUAAUGUCUUGUUGGUAUGAUAUUUGUUUUUGAAGGAAUCUGUGCACAAAUCUUUAUUUCUGGGAGAAGCGCCCAUAAAACCUCAUAUGAACACCAGAUUUAAGAAACACACUAUUCGUUAUUUUAGCCCCAAGAUCUUUUAUUUUGACAUCUGUGAGUAAAAACAAAAAGCAUAAUAGCACUCUGUCAACAUCUAACAAAUGUAUUCUAUUAUAUAACACUCUGUGGAAUCAAAACAGCCAAAUUGCUUUUUAUUUUCAGAAGGAUUGACAGCUUUGGUUUGAGUCUAAAUAAACUUUAGAUGUAGGUUAAUCUGUCCGUUCGAUAUUGAGCAGUUUAUUUUAAUUUUAAAGUUGUUUUGGGAUAAAACGAAUCUUGUAUAUUUAUAUACYUUAAGACCGCAGUAACUGAUAUCAACCACCAGGUGGCACUUUAAUCUGAAAUUUAGAUUUUUAUGGGAUGACAUGAUCAAACAGUAAUUUUAAUUGGUGUCCUGUUUUUAAUCAUUUUUACUAUAGCUAUAUUUAUGGAUUCUAAUCAGCUUGUUUGUUAAUUUUUAAUGAUUUAUUCUGCACUCCAGCUUUUAUUGUUUUUUCAGUUCCAUGCUAGAAAAAGCCAUGCCGUAUGUACAGAUUGUAAGGGCUUUUUCCAGUUUUGUAACUGCACUGUGCAAAAAAAAAAAAGAAAAACUGUACAGAGUUCAGUUUUAUUGUGAAUGAAAUGUUUUUUUUUAUUACCUUUCAUGAGGGAUAUGAAACCUGAUUUUUAUUAAAGUUUAUUCCUGACUUUAUGGUGAGGCUGUUAAAUAAGAUUUAUAAUUCUGAAUUCAACUUGAUUUUAAAAAUAUAAUUACACACAUUUAAUAUAUGCGUUUGAAAGGAGUUUAAUUCCUUUGCCUUAAAUAGAAUAGAAAGUUCAUCCAGUUUUGAUGUCAGAAUUGAAUUAAUUUUGCAUGACUUUGUUAAUAACAAGUCUGUACGUAAAAGAAGACCAGUCUUACUGCUUUACCUGUUCUUGGUUUUAGAGAACCACAAUAUUGUAACAGCUUUGUCAGGUGACGCUCUUCUCACGGGGCAAAGAGUCUUACGGUGUCAAAUCAACUGGUGGUGAUAAUUGUGAUAGAUUUGUUUGUUUUUUUAAGCGAUGUUUCACUAUGGCUCCAGGUGCCCUUUUGUUCACUUUGUACUGAUGAAAACAAUGAUUUAAUGUAUUUAUAGACUUGUCUCUAAUGGGUUUUUGUGAAUGAUUUUAAUCAGAGACGUGAAACUGAUAUUUCUAUGUUUGUUUGACAUAGAAUUAAAGGGYAAAUGCUUGA